GAGGGAGGGAACGUUCCGCUCUUAAUGAUGACGCGGCCUCCAUGUUGGUAUGAUCCGGAUCAGGUGUCGUCAUCAGAUCCUGAGCAACAUGGCGGUGAGAGGUGCAGAACUUUUCCGAGCAGUGAGAGCUUCACUUCACAGGGCAUACAACCAACAGCACAACAACAACAACACAACAACAACAACAACAACAACACAACCAAGAGAACAGCAGCUUUUCUUUCACAAACACCUACAGUGCAGUGAAACGCAACCCCCCCCCCCCCAACCCCCCCCCCCCCCCUUCUGUGAUCAGGUCCAUGUGGUUCAGUGUGAUGUCAGAGACCCUCAGGCUGUGUCUCGCUGUGUCGACCAGAUGGAGAGUCUGACAGGACUUCCUGAUGUGAUCAUCAACAACGCCGCGGGAAACUUUAUCUGUCCGUCAGAGCGUCUGUCACCGAACGGCUGGAAGAGCAUCACCGACAUCGUUCUGAACGGGACGGCAUUCGUCACUCUGGAACUGGGCAAGAGACUGAUCCAGAAUCAGAAAGGUGCGUCCUUCCUGGCCAUUACCACCAUCUACGCUGAGUCUGGUUCUGGUUUCGUGGUUCCGAGUGCAUCAGCAAAGGCCGGAGUCGAGGCGCUCUACAAGUCUCUGGCUGCAGAGUGGGGGCGCUAUGGCCACAGGUUCAACAUCAUCCAGCCUGGACCAAUUAAAACCAAGGGGGCAUUUAGCCGUUUGGACCCGGCGGGAGCGUUUGAGAAGGGGAUGAUCAGUCGGAUCCCGACGGGUCGACUGGGGAAACCGGCAGAGAUUGCAAACCUGGCAGCGUACAUGAGCAGCGACUACGCUACCUGGAUGUCUGGAACUGUGGUUCGGUUCGAUGGAGGAGAGUAUGUGUCGAUGGCAGGAGAGUUCAACGACCUGCGCUCGGUGACUCCAGAUCAGUGGAAGAUGAUGGAGGCGAUGAUCAGAAGCACUAAAGGAUCCUAAAAACACAACAACCAAUCAGAUCACUCUGACUUUGAGGGUGGGACCCACUUGCUGAUGUCAUGAUUUCAUCAUGAUAAGACUGACUGACAUCUGAGUUGAGAGUUUUGAUGAUUUACUUCAGGAUGAAUCAGUCAUGUGAUCAGCUGCCUGUUAGCCUGUUAGCUGCUGAAACGUUUCCUGUUCGUUUUACCUGUUUAACGUUUGACUGAUCUGAAAAUGUUAAAAAUGAAGCUUUUCUCUGAUGGUUUUUCAUUUUCUCGUUCACUCAUUCUUUACUAAAGAAAAUAAAGAACAGACAUUAAAUCUG